AUGAAACCAUCUAAACUGCAAGAUCAUCUGAGAAGAUGCCACCCUGAUAAAACAGAGAAAGAUUUGAAAUACUUUCAAACACUCAAAGAUAAAUUUCAGAAGAAACCUACACUGGACAGAAUGUUCGCUUCGACGUCACAAAGAAAUGAUGAUGGUUUGCGGGCGUCUUACAAUAUCUCGUUACUUAUAGCAAAAUCCGUAAAACCGCAUACUAUCGGAGAGAAGUUAAUUUUGCCAGCCGUUGAAGAGGUUUUAAAAACUGUUUUACACAAACCUGCAUCUGAUAUCAUUAAAAGAAUUCCCUUAAGCAACAAUACUGUUGAAAGACGUAUUGAUGAAAUGAGUUCUGGUAUUGAAAGCUUCUUAUGUAAUUAUUUGCAAACGACCCAUUUCUCUAUACAACUGGACGAGUCAACUUUACCUGAUAAUGCAGCAUUAUUAUUGGCAUAUGUUCGUUUUAUUAUGAAUCAAGAAAUCUACGAAGAACUGCUCUCCGCAAGAACUUUGAUAACCGACACUAAAGUUCUCCAUAUAAACAAACGUAUCCUUUGGUGUGCCAGCUAUCUGAAGGUUUGCUUUAAACAAGCAAGGACCAACUGUUUCAUCAUCGAAAGUCUGCCAGUUGUUCAAGCUGUUCGUCCAUUUUUUCUGGAAUUCAAGUGGAAAUAUAGUCCAGUCGUAAAGGUAAGCAUCAUUUAG